AUGGCGAUCGUUAACACUUAUUUUCAAAAGCGUGAAGAUCAUAUUGUGACUUAUAGAAGUGGAAAGCAUUUUAGUCAAACUGACUAUCUGCUUAUACGGCGAAAGGAUUUAUGGAGGAUCAAAGAUUGCAAAGUAAUAUCGGGAGAAGAAAUAGCCAAAAACAUCGUCCACUUGUCAUGGAUCUUGAAAGAAAAGGGUUUCCGGAAAGGAGAAAGGUUUAUGAACCUCGAAUUAGGUGCCUGGAAAUUAGAAAGAAACGUAGACGAAAAUUGGGAGACGCUAACUGCAGACAUAAAGGAAACAGCGAUUCAUAUUCUAGGACAGACCAAAGGAGGCAAAGCUUUGAAUAGGGAACUAUUUGGUGGGAUUAAUCGGUUAGGGAUUUCAUCGAAAGAAAGAAAGAAAAUUCUAUAUAGACGGUGGCAUAAAUCUAAAAAGUCGGAGGAUUAUCAAGAAUAUAGGGAGGCAAAGAGAGCCGCGAAGAAAGCCGUUGUAAUAGCGAAGAAUGCUGCGUACACCGAGAUGGCAAACAAACUGGAUCAAAAAGGGGGCGACAGGCUUAUGUACAAAUUAACCAAGAUAAGGGAGAAGAAAUGUCGCGAUGUCGGAGUCCUUAAAAUAGUCAAAAAUGAGGAGGGUCAAACCUUAUUCAAGCCGUAG